AUGGAUGCCUCAUUCAUGUAUUCAUCCGCCCGCGUGGAGGAGGAAACCCCGUGCGUCAACUUCAGUCAGGUUGGCCUCGCUCCUGCAGAGGACGACCUGUGCUUCACAUCCCACAUGAGCUCCGGUCUUGCGGCGGACGGCGAGUUUAUCAAGCUUCCCGACAUUGAUAUUCCAUACGACUCUUCGGUCUGGGACUUCUUCAAUUCCGGCCUCUUCACCUCCACUGCCUCAACUGAGCCCGCCUUCCCCAUGCCUGUUUCCUGCUCUGCUGUGAACGAUUCUUCUUUUCCCCACAUAGAUGCCCUCCCUGACCCAUCCUACAUUUGCUCUGAUACCCCUUUGUCCUACCAAGAUUUCUGCUCCAAGGAUUCCCCUCCUGAUACAUCGUUUCCGGAAACCAUGUCACCCUCAUCCGCCUCUGACCCCAGGCGGCGCCUCAACUGGGUUAAAUCUACCUUGCGGGACAUUGUCAUGUCCAGAGCAGCUGCUGAUCCCCGACCUGUUCCGCAGCAGCGGAAGCAAAUGGAUGCUUCGAUUGCCAUUUAUUCCGAACUCCACAAUGUUCUGGGCCCCUGUUUCGGUGAAGAGAACCUUCCCUAUGCAUCGCCAAUGGUCUGGCAGCAAAGCUCUACGAGCACGAUCGGCUCGUCAUUCGAUGCCCAGUCAUUCUCUACCAUGACUGGAUCUCCCGCCCCGUCGACUGGCGCCCUCCCAGAACUAUCUCCCAGCGUCAACACCAGCAUUCCAGCCAAGUCAGCAUCAUCAGCUGGCCCUUCCCAAGCUGUACAACCACCCAUUACCGGCGGCGUUCAGAUGGUCCUGGAUCUCAAUAUGAAUGAGGCGACGUCACUCCCGAGGAAACUUCGCCCAAAGACCCAGGAGGAGCGACGGCGGUACAUUGCGGUUCGCAAGCAGGGUGCCUGUGAAUGGCAUCGGAAGCAACGCAAGAGAUGCACUUGUGCUACAUCUCCCGUCAUGGAUACGAAGCGAAAGCAAGCAAAAAUGAAAUGUACUCGGAAAUCUAUCUGCAACACACCGAGAGUUAUCCAGACGGCAUGGGCUGGAGAUCUGCGGUCUCACCAUCCCUCUCUACAGCGACAGCGGUCCUAUGGGCUAGACAAGUUCCCAUCCGCAGAGCAAGAUUAUCUCACCUCGAUCGAAGACACUUCACAACGCUGCUCUGGACAGUUCUGCAGCGCUUUACACUGUGAAUGUCGCUCCAGAUUAGAUGAAAUGAUACCGUCGUAUCCCGAUGACUACCUGAUGGAGCUCCCACGUAGAUCUAUGUUCCGUCGUUCUCGCAACCAAUGCUCUUCUCCAUGCAACAUUUACACGUCCUCCAGGCCAUUGCCCGAUUACCCAUGGGACUACGAUCCUGGGAUUAGUAAUAUGCACUCUCCACCCUGGGAACCCAAGGCAGAUGACCUCAGACGCUGCCGUAACUACCAGCCGCAGAAUGCAAGCGAACUAGGCUGGAUAUCGAGACCGGUCAGGCAUUCCGAUAUUGCUGAUGGCCAAGAAAUACAACGGCAGAAUAUGAUACUUGCUGCAGUGUCUGCAAGGGACAACACUCUGCGCAAUCGCCCAAGCCGCAACACCCUUCUGGCCGCCCUAGUGCCAAACACAUUAUCACACGGUAUCCCGCCAAACGACACAGAGGCGCUGUCAACUUUGUUGGCUCGCCGGCUCACCGCAGACGCAACUCACAACCUGCCUGUAACGAGUCACGCUGCCGUCAGCGGGACUAAUGCGCCGAUAUCCCAUGGACAAUUAUUCAUUCAACACCCCACUGUCAUCCAAAAUGGGGAGCCACAGCCCCUCUAUUCGCAGAACCCAUACAAGGAUGCCAGAUCCUCCAACCCUGCUUCAGCCACCCUCCACAUAAGCCCCACAAUGGAUUUCGCGCCACCGGAUCGCGCAGUGUCCAGCGGCGCCACCAGCGAGCCGCAUCCGGCUAACACAUGGGACCAAUAUUCUGCACAGCGUAUCUUUGAACGCAGUGCCUUGCACUCAGUUUCAGUUUCUGAAAUGGCUUGCACGGAUGGCCCGUCGGGUACGAUGUGGGGAACGAUAGUGUAUCUGAUGAUUUGCGGCAUCUACCUGACGCUGGCGUUACUCUCCUGCGUACUAGAUUCUCGACGUGGGAACGGACUAUUCGGGGAAACCUCCCUGGUCUUGCAGAUGAUACUAUUAACUGCAGACCCCUGUAUCAGAACAGGGCUUUUAUGGAUCAUGCUACGCCCUAUUAUUAUAAGGACAGCAGUGCUCCACACUGGCAGCAGACUGGGCCGGGUCCCAGUGAGCUUACCGAAAGCAUUCGAAUGCGUAAUACAGUUACCGAAUUUGCUCAAAUGCAGUAACAAGUUCGCAGAUAUUACUGGAUUGGUAUUUUGGAACGUGUUACUGCAUCCAAGCAAAUUCGGUAACCAUACUACGCAUUUGAAAGCAUUCAGUAACAGAACCCUUCCCAGCGUAACUCGUAGUAAACCGUACCAGAAUUCGAGAUCACCCUCAACCGUUCCGAUCUGGACCCUGGCAAUGCACUGCUGCACGGCAUUUAGUAUGCCACAAAAUGCUCUACAUACUUGCAACGGGGCACGAGAUGCAGCCCCGAAUUCCCACAGCCACCACCCACACCAUCUAUCAACCGCGAAAACAGCAUCUUCGCUCUCUCCUGAUUCCGCUUUCCAGCAGACGAGCAACAAGGAUGUCGAGCAAGCUACGAAGUGA